AUGGUCCGACGAAUCGACAAGUUCCUCCAUGCCCUGAAGAAGGAAAAAGAGGAGGAAGAAGCUCAAUUACUCGAGCUUCUCGCUGGAAAUUCUUCGGCAAAACAGCUGCAGCGCGCUGGAAAAGCUUUGGCGAACCAAGUCGUUCAAGCAGUCAGAACUGGUCUUUUCGAACGAAUGGUUGUCACAUGCUCUCCUGCUCACGGAGGAGCCUUUCCAGCGACAGAAAUCUCACAUGGAAAACCCGUGAUUCUGCGAAUGCCAGACACGACUUACAGAGGCUUCGUUUUCUCCACCUCCGAAAUGUCGGUCGAUGUCUGCGUUGAUGUCGGCGAGGAUGGCGAAAAAAUCGCAGUUGGAGAUCGACUGGACAUCAUGCCAGCACCGGACGAUAUCACUUACCGUCGAAUGAAAGCAGCUUCAGAGGAAAUGAAAAAAGUUAUCGAGCAGAAUUCAAGUAGAACUGUCGACAUCAUCUUUGGAGAGUCGCAGCCAGCGCCGCAUGUGUCGACGGAGAGCUUUUUGAAGCCAAAAACGGAUGUCAAGAACUUGAAUAAAGAACAACUUGAAGCUGUGGGAGCUUCACUGGCGAUUCAAGACUUAAUGUGUCUUCAUGGACCGCCUGGAACGGGAAAAUCAACGACUGUAGCUGCCAUUGUCGCCGAAGCUGCCCAGCGAGGAAUCAAAACUAUAGUCACGUGUCCAUCGAACGCAGCCGUCGAUGCGCUUGUUGAGAAGCUGGCAAAAAGGCGUGAAGUGGUGGUCACGCGACUGGGGCAUCCGGCCAGAACUUCACCACAUUUACGGCAAUACACACUUGAAGCGAAAAUGGCUGAUGUUGAGAUGCUCAGAGAUCUCAAAUCCGACAUGUUCGCUGCCUCCGGUCGAGAACGAGGAACCCUCCGAAAAGAGCUCCGAGAUCGGGAGAAAAAGUGCUCUGCCGAAAUUCUCAAAAACUCUCAUGCUGUCAUUGCUACAUGCACUGUUGUUGGAAUGAAAUCCAUCCUCGAUGUUAUUGAUGAUCCAGAUCAUUUUGGCCUUGCGAUUGUUGAUGAAGCCGGACAAGCAGUAGAGCCAGCAAUUUAUCCGAUUCUUAGAAGAUGUUCGAAGAAGUUGAUUUUGGCGGGAGAUCCAGCGCAGCUUCCACCAACGGUGAUGUCAAAGGGUGCGUCGAUUCUGACUAAGACGCUACUCGAAGACUUGAUGACACGAUUUCCGGCAAAUACAGUCCUACUGAAGCGACAGUAUCGAAUGAAUAAGAUGAUUUCUGACUGGGUGUCUGACAGUAUGUACAAUGGAGAACUAAUUGCUGAUGAGUCGGUCAAAGAUCACACGCUUGCUGAUUUAUUACAGAAUGUGACUGAAGUAGGAAAAUUAUCUGGAGCGGAUUUUCUGGAAGAUAUCAUCAGCUCACCGUUGACUUUAAUCGACACAGUCGGCAGUAAUAUGGACGAAGAUCAAUUCAGCGAAGACCAAUCCAAGUCAAAUCCAGGGGAAGCUCUUUUAGCGACUCUGACCACGAAGCUUUUGAUAAGCGCGGGGAUCAAGGCAAAGAAUAUUGCGAUAAUUUCUCCGUAUGUUGCACAAGUUCAACUCAUUGCCAAGCUUGUUGGCCCUUCUGUGUCGGUCAGGACUGUCGAUGGAUAUCAAGGAGGAGAAGCAGAAGUAGUCAUUCUCUCCUUGGUUCGAUCCAAUUCUGAUGGAACGACCGGUUUCUUAUCGGACAAAAGACGACUGAACGUCGCGGUGUCCCGUGCUAGAAGAAGCUGUAUUAUUAUUGGUGAUAGUGGGACAGUAACGAGGGAUAGUUUUAUCGAAAAGAUGUUCGAGUACUUUGGCGAAAACGCGACUCUCAUAAGUCCAAAUCAAUUUCAGACCUGUGAAGAAUAUGAGAGCAUUGCCGAAUCAGCAGGCUUUUCAGCUGGGAAAAAGAUCCCUGUUCAUUCUCAUGCAGUAGAAAUAGAAGCGUCAGUACCAGAACCAAAGCGACCAAAAAAGCCUGCAGAAGGGCAAAAAAGUGAUCCAAAACCGAAAAACGCACCAAAAAGCAAGCUUGAAAAACGACUGGAAAAGCAGGUGCAAGAAGCACAAAACAAACCGUCUGUCAACGAAAUGAUUUCCGAAAGCGUCAAAGAAGCUGUGCCAACUCUUUCGAAGCCAUUUUCUGAGCUGAAAAUUGAAGAACCGGAGCAAGGAAAAUGCCCAGAUUGCAAUAAAGCAAUGCCAGUUUCAAAUCUAGAGCUCCAUCAAAUUCACUGUGCUCGACUGAGACGAAUGCGGCCAGAACCAGUGGAAAACGACAAGCCAGAGAAAGAGAAAAUGAAGAAGCAAAAGAAGGCGGAUUUUAUGUAUCAAGUUCAAUCCCUCUUGAUCCGUUUUGGUAGAAUAACAAAGAACACGAAAGACCCCGCGCUAGAAAAAGACUACGAUGAUGACGAUGCUCUUUUGGCAGCCGCAAUGGCGUCAGCUGGACAAUGCGCAUUUGGAACUUGCACCGUUUCUGUUAGAGUAAUGCCUUUUGCUUGUUCAACUUGCUCAAAGCACUUUUGCGGCACUCAUAAAUUUCCGGAAAGUCAUGGAUGUAAAAGUAUACCGAUGAAUCAGCGAAAGGGAAGCUCGUCUUCCUAUAAUUUGAAGCAAAAACAACUGAAGAACAAGCUCGGUUCAAAACUGAAAGACAUGGAAAAAGGCAGACAAGCUACAAAAAAGACCAAGAAGAAAUAA